AUGGCUUCUCUCCAUGAUGACGACGCAAAACCUCCCGCUUCGACGGCCCACACGCGCAUUCUCAUAUGGCGCUCCGAGGUCGCCACGGCCCUCGCCUCCCCGGCCUGCCCCCUCUCCUCCGCCUCGACGACGUCAUCUGCCGCCUCGGCAACCUCGAGCGCCAUCACCGCCGCCUCCCUUCCCGUGCCCUCGCAAGGCCACCGGCUACCUCGCUUCUGGACUCUUCUCGUCCGCCGCCUCUCCUUCCGCAAGCACGCCGACGAUGACGGUGAGGUGGGCCCCCACGGCGAGGUCAUACGAACCGCCAUGUACCGUACGGCACCUCAGCAGCUGGACCAGCUGGAGAGGGCGCACGAGGCGGAGGAGAUGGGCCUUGGGGAGGAGAGCAGCGGUGACGGCGCUGCCGCUGCCGCCAAAGGGCGCAAGAAGGCAGAGAGGUUGGCCCGAGCAGCUAGGCUGCUGAGGCAGCAGAAACCUCACGUGGACGCUUCUUAG